AAGUAAAUUGCAUAAACUUAAAGUACUGCAGAGAUGAAGACCGAAGCAGGAAGAAACAUGCCACCGAUGUCCUGGUCGGGAACAUACUGUGUCAUGUGAAGAGACAUGACAAAAACAGCCCUCUUUAAAUUACUGUUGGCAAUACUGAUCACAUUCAUUUUACUUUUGCCUGAAUAUUUUAAGACACCAAAAGGAAAUAUAUUGGAGCUAUCAUGUCUGGAAGUGUGUUUGCAACCUAAUUUCAACUAUUCACUCCGCUCUUUAAAUUUUUCUUUUGUGACUUUUCUGAAACCAGUAAGAGAAACUCAGACUAUUAUGGGCAUCUUUCUAAAUCACUCCAACUUUCAAAACGUCACCAGGAUUUGCCAAGGCAUCACAAGUGAAUUGAAAAUGUGCUCCUCAUGUUUAGCUUGCGAGUCCAAAAAAAGUCUGGAUUUUAUUUCUCAGGAACAAACAUCAAAAGUUCUUAUCAUGAAAGCAUCAAUGGAAGUGAAGGCAAAUGAUUUUCGUUCACCUUGUCAACAUUUUAACUUCACUGUAGCUCCUAUAGCUGAUCCCUUGGAAGAACAUAACAUUACUUGUAAUCUAAAAACCCGCAUGAGAAGGCCAGCCAUCACGGAGGAAGAUUCACCCAAGGAAAAGUCUAUGAACCAUACUUGUAGGACUAUGGAAUACCUGAAUAAUUGUACACAUAUCUCCUUGCACCUAGAAAUGGAUGUCAAAAAUUUCACUUGUUCCAUGAAGAUCACUUGGUAUGUUUUAGUUCUAGUCAUUUUUAUAUUUUUUCUCGCCCUCACUCUCCACAAAAUACUUGAAAGCCACAGAAGAAUGUGGAAAUGGCGGAGAAAUACUUACAAACCUACCUCUGACCUCUUAAGAGGACAGGAUUCCGAGAAACUGCGAACAUUGAACGUGCAGGUUAUUUCAGGUGAGUUUUGUGACGUGCCAACAGAGCACGGCUUUGAGAAUCCCAGUCCCUCACCGUUUCACUAUAGACCCAAGAUCAAAUGA